AUGGCCAUCUCAGUACCUCGGCUGGCAGUUGUCCUGGGACUGCUUCUUUUAAUCCUGACCUGCCAUGCAGAUGACAAACCAGCUGAGAAGCCGGAUGACUCAGGCAAAAACACAGAGCCAGAGUUCCCCAAAUUCCUAAGCCUGCUGGGCGCAGAGAUCAUUGAGAAUGCAGUUGAGUUCAUCCUCAGCAACAUGGCCAAAAGGACAGGAUAUAAGGAUUUUGAUGAUAAACCAGGAGAACAUUCAUCAAAGUGACCUCCCCAGGACACACCCACCUGGCUUCUGAAAAAUACAAGGCCAGCCAAAUCCUGCUUUUCCAGUUCUUCUGUUUCACAAGUCCUCCAGGACAGAGGCCUCAAAGCAGCUCCCAGAAAGUUCCCAGGAUUCAGCCCUCGCUUCAACCAAAGAUAACUAAUUUUGAACAUGCUGACUUUGCACUCUUGCUUCUAGAAAAUCAGAAUAUCUUUAGGGUCACAUAUCUUACUUAGUUUAGUUCCUUGAAAAGUUUUUUCAUUGGUGGUAGUAAAUUAACCUGAUCAUAUUUAAAGUUUUUGAUGCA